UCAAGGUUUUGUUUUUGGAUUGUGACCAAACUGCAGAGACAGAUAUGAGUGACUUUCCCGUGAACCCGCUGGUUUUGAUCGGUGUCGGGUCCAGUUUCGCCUUUUCUGGCCUUUUUUAUCAUUUGUACCAAGAGAAGAAAGAAGAGCUGAAAAAGCUGAAGGAAAUACCCAUUUUCAGGCCAGAUCAACACCUGGUCAAAGUGCUGAGAGCAUCUCCCCACAAGCGUCUUCAGUAUGUUGCUGUCGAAGGUCUGAUCCAGGCAGAUGGGGAACCUCUGGCAAGCCAGUUUGUCCCACGAUGCUUUGGUGUUAUUCAGAAGAUAGCAGUGGAGGAGCACUGGAAAUACUGGAACUCCCUCUCCAAGACAUGGAACUCUCGGACAAUGAACAGAAAAGAAACCAACAACACAGUGCCCUUCAGUCUGGUCAGCCCUGGAGCCUACAUUGCUGACUUAUAUGUGAAGGUUCAAAACCCCCUGGAGGCCUCUGGGUGCGACCUGGAGAGGGUUUAUUUCAAAGUAAGACGUGCUGAGGAGGGCUUAGCGAACGUAAUGUUGCAGGGCCUCAGUGGGGAGAAACCAGUGGCGAUAGAGGAGAGCGAGGAGCUGCUGAGGGUGGGGAGCACCCUGACUGGUUUUGGUGAGGUGGUGCUGGAGGGGGGCCAGGUGAUGAGACUGCAGGCCCCGCAGGACGGCCGCAGGUACAUCCUGGUGCCCACUGACUACAGGAGCUUCAUUGACAGGCACGAGAGAUCAGCCAACAUGUGGAAGAUGUUGACUGCGGUCACUGGCAUCACGGGGGCUACUCUUCUAGCCAAGGUUAUUCACGGCUUGGUGGGAAAACAGGAUGACAAAUCGAAAUAGUUUUGAAUUUGUAAGAUGCAGGCUUAUUGGCUUAAAAAGGCAUGUCACUCCUGUUUGGGUCCUAAAAAUAACUCAGGUGUUUAAUCUGAGAUUCCAAAGCAUCCUGAUGCUACGAUAACUGUGUUGUAUGUCAGUAUUUGUUUUCUUGCUGGCAAGUUUGAUCUCGUCACAUUGCAACAAACAUACAUCGAGGCCUUCGCUAUGGUGGCCACAAGUGAAAAUACACAACAAUGGACAAUUUCAUGUUAGAAAAUAGAAAGCACAUUUCAGAAAAAAAUAAAACAAAACUAACAAUAACAGGAAAUACAAAAAGAAAACUACA